AUGCGCUGCCGUUCGUUCUACACGCAGAACGGCAUGCACCCGCGGCGGACGACCUACUGGAAGAAAAGCCACCCUCGACGCUUGUCAAAGCCGCCGGUCUACGCCGCGACGGCCGUACGGGCCAGAUUCUCACAAGCGCCUCGCGGCAGUGGCUUUCGGUGGCUGAUGGGGCUCUUGGAUGGGUCAAAUCCCGACUCGCCGGAAGAGGGCUGGUAUAGAUGUGAUGGGGGGAGGGACUAG